AUGUCCUCUGAGAGUGCUCAAAUGGCUGUUCCAACCAAAGAUAUUGAAAGCGUAUCAGUGGGACGUAUUUCACUUCAAAAGAUUGUGCAGUCUGCAAAACCAGAUCAAGAUAUAUCAGCCAUUGUUCUUGAAUUGGAAAAGAAAGGAAGAGGAGCAAAUUUAGGUUCCGAGUUCACCUUUGAGAAUACGUUUGGACUGCACAAAGAUGAUUUACAUCACUUUUUGAAAACGCAAAAGAAACAUUUUUUACACAAAUUCUUCUUGAGAUUGCUGCAUGCAUUUAAAGAAAAUUCAAACAUUUCUAAAGAGUCCAACAUGGUUUUGGCAGCCAUCAUCAAACACAGUCUACAAAAUGUAUUGGCCAGCAUAAGAAGUGCCAGAGUUCAAAACGAACUUGUGAAAUGGUCAACCAUGCAUCCAUACUUGGCUCAAAAUUACAUUUAUGCCUCCAUUGUGAUUGCAUUUCCAACUGAAUAUUCCUACAAGUUGUUACAUACCCUCCAAUCGAAAGGACUUACUCCAUUUACAACUAAGAUUGGCAAGAAAAUAUUCAAAGAAGAGAAUGAAAAGGUGAAAAGAGCUGCAUUUCUCACUUAUUCGCAUCUUUCAUCGCGCCUCAGAGAUGUUCGAUUGUCUGAGAAAAUUGUGAAGGAUAUUCUUCAGAGAAUUACAUCAAAUAAAAAACGAGAUGUGGAAGAGUUGACAACUUGUAUCCAUGCGUUGAAUUAUGCAGGAAAGGCAGUAUCUAUUGGUAUUCUUUAUACCUAUUUCGCAAAUAACAAAAUUCCAGAUUUCAUUAAGGUCAUGCUUGUUGAUAAUUUAAAGAAGAGAUUGCAUGAUGAUCCAUUGAUUGAUCAGCUUGUGAGAGACAUUGCCACAAGUAAUGACACUUCUUCAAUUGUGAAAGCAAGAUUUAUUCAUGCUCAAACUGAGAGAGAAAAAACAAUAAGAAGUGCGUCACAUGUCAAAUUUUUCUCAAAAGUUCAUGAAAGAGCCACUUGUGAAGAAACCAAGAAUGCGAUUUGA